AUGAAACGGUCGUUCGGCCCAUUGAAAUUCCCACACUUUCCCAUUCCCAAGAAGGUUUCAUCAUAGAAAUGCUCGUCGUUGUUUAGACGCGUCGGUCGCAGCACCGUUCUGAGGCUCCGCCCCUCGUAUGGGGUUCGGAGCAGAACCAUUUGGUUCUGAUCGGUCCAGUAGUUUUUCUCACUCUUUCACAAGGUUUUAAUAUAUGAGUCAAUAUAAUUAGUGUGUUUGGCUUUUGUGCGAGCCACGAGUUUUUGUGAAAUACCUUCCAAAAAGACUAAACGAAAAGAUUUAUGUACUUUACUUUCAUGUACGAAACUCAAUCUUACUAAUAUUUUCCUAGUUGCGUUUUUUUUUCCGCUGAACUGAAAUAUAACCAGAGGGGUAAAAAAAGUCAUCCUAACUUCGAAAAAUUCGAGAAGAAUUAAAUUCCAUACAAGCAAGUUUUGACCGUUUCUUAUGUUCUUUUUCCGACUCAACUGUAGUUUUUGAAUCUGUUUAAGAAUUCAUUUUACUUCAAAGCCAAAAAAGUUUUAUCACUUCCUUAUCGCAAUUACAGUGAAAAUUGUCAAAAAAUUCAUUCGUAAUGUGCAAGUUCCUCAUGUUUCUCGUUAAACUGCAUUUGAGAUUUUUGUUAUAUUCAGACAGCACUUCUGUUCCACAAUGCUGAGAAGAUCUGAGAGAAUCAAAAAUAAACCUGUAAAACCAAUAAACGUUCCAAAAGAAGGUAGGUCUGGUGCGUUUUUUUUAAGCGAUUUUUUUUCAUCUUUCAAUUUACAGAACGAUUGGAACGCCGCUUGAGAAAGCGUCAAAACACCGAAGGUGAGUGAAUAUUUAAGGCACAUCUGUAGCGUCAUUUUUAAAAAAGAGUUGAUGAAAAUAUUUUCGUUGUUUGAUUAUCAAAGUUUCACGAUCAUUCAAACUGACUUAAAGUAAUAAUAUCAGAUUCGGAGGCUCAAGAGUGCAGAAGUCUAACUGCGACUCCUGAGGUUGAAAGUCCUCCUCGCAGUCAGCUUGCGAAGCGAAAUCGCGGAAACUCUCCGGGCGUGACAAGAUCACCUUCGCCCCACGCAACAAACAGUCAGUUUAUUUUCGUGUUUUUUUAUUUCAAAAAGUUUCGAGUCGAAUGCAGUAUUGUGCAAUAAGAUAAUUCCGGCUUUUUGAAGUGACUUUUUACAGCGUUAGGUUGUUAUCAAUUACAGUUCAAAAUUAAACUGCUAUUUUUUGGAAAGCCGAAAAAUCAAAAACUGCAAAACGCAUCCAGUAAGUUAUUCCAUUGCUUCGAAAAAGAACUCGAUUUAUGAAGAAUGCUUCACGGUUUUUUGAAGCAUUCAGUCAGAGGAUGGCAGUCAGAAUCUCCAAUCUAUAAAUUAUAGAUUAAAUAAAAAUUUUUUUAGAACAGUAUUAGCUAUCAAAAAGCUUACAACGAGUUGAAAAAUAAACAACUUUUUUUCCAGGUCGCUCUGAGGAGGGAGAGCCGCAGAAAACCGAGCUUCGCAAUCCAACUUGCUACCCUAUCAAAGAAGAAAAUUUAGAAGGUUUGAAUUAAUGAAUUGAUAAUCUCUAUAGAUCGUAUCAAUUAAAAAGUGUCUCUUUUACUUUUCAUAAAAAACAGAAACGCAAAAUUUAAGCUGCAUACAGUACCGUGUAAUGAGCUAUAUACAAAUUAUCCUCUUCAGCUGUUAUGAUAUGGUCUUUGGUUAAAAGAAGUUUUUCAGAUCGCUCUACGAGGGACGAGAGCGACGAGAAUGAGGAGAGGGACGCGGGUGAACAAAACCGUCCAGAAGAAGAAGAUGUUCUACAAGGUUUGAUUAUAAAAAGUCCGAAAUCAUAAGAGGUCGUAUCAGUUAAAAAGUGCUUCUUCCUCUUUAUUCAAAAACUGAAACAAAACAUUUUAGGCUGCAUGCAGUAACGUGUAAUGAGCUACAUACAAAUUACCCUCUUCAGCCGUUCUGAAAUGGUUUUUCAGAUAUUUAGUUCAAUAUCUAAAAACAAGUCAAAAAAAGAAUUGAUCUUUGCUAGAACCUGAGUAGAGCCUAAAAAAACUGGAAAUAUUUUAAAAAAAUAUUUUAUGGGUUUAUACAAGAAUUCGAUAUAUAAUUAUCCAGUUUUUUAAAUGGUUGAAGCUAUGAAUUCUACCUUGAGAAUCUUUUUCAUAAAGAAAAUAAAGCUCAAGCUCAGUACCCAUGCCUCUAAAAGGGGCUAAUUUGCGCGUAACCAGAGGAUGGUAUCCAGAAUUUCCAAUCUAUGAACUCGCAUGUCAAUGAAAUGUUCCAGUCAAUUCUACCAAUUAAAUAUUUUAUUACUAAUUUUGAUUGUAAAUAAGUUUUUUCAGAUCAUUCUACGAGUGACGAAAGCGUAGAGAGCAACGAGACUGACGAGGGCAACGAGACAGACGAGAGCGAGCCGAACCAGCCAGAAGAAGGAGAAGAUGCUCCCCAAGGUUUGAUUAUAAAAAGUUCGAGGUCAUAAAAGGUCAUUUCAGUUAAAAAAUGUUCUUCAUUUUUUUUUAAAACAGAAACAAAAACUACUGAACUGCUUCACAUACCGUGCAAUAAGCUACAUAAAACCUUGCGUUUUUUCUAUCUUUCAAAGGUUUUUAUUCUCACCAAUCAAAAGCCAUUAAAAACGACGCACUCAAGCACAUCGAGAUGUUUGAGAAACACUUUUUGAAUGGUUUGGUUUUAACGAAAACUUGAUGUAUUAGCGACAGUUUGAGACUGAAGACAUUUUUCUAUAAGAAAAAAAGCUCAAGCUUGGCUAAACAAAAUCUCGCCUUGCGCGUGUUCACGGUAUUCAGAUCUUUCGAAAUCUAGACUCACAAGUAAAUGACGUUUUCCAAGUUUCGAAACAGAAAUUGAUUGAUCAGAAGAUUUUUUUCAGAGGGCUCGUCAAGCAACCAGAGCGAAGGUCACGGAAACCGCUCCUCUGAAGCCGUUCUUCCUCGCGAAAAGAAUUUUUUUGGAGGUUUGAUAGGCGACCCGAGCAGGGUUGCACGAUACUCGAUCUUAUUUGCUUCAAGUUUUUUCAAUUUUCAAUUUAAAAAAGAAAAAUGAAUUCGAAUACAUUGCUUCAUGUGACAUAGUCUAAAAUAACGAUUUUUGGCACAUGAAAAAAUUUUCUUUUCAGACAAAUUUCAAUUGGAAAUUCGAUAUGCUAACGGACCGUUGGUCGGCAAAGCGGUGGAAGACCGCGGGCAAGGCGAGAGAGGCGUCCGGUUCAGCGCGACGCAACCUGGAAGGUACUAAGCUUGAAAAUAGUAGAUUGAUGACCGACUAAAGACAGUAUUCAAUGGUCUUUGUAGCAAGAUUAUAAACUGUGUGUGAACUGAAUCUUAUAGAUAUUAUGAAGAAUCUGUGAUCGUUUUUGCCUUUUUUUACUACUUUUCCUGACAGAGCGCGAUCCUCCACCGAAGACCUACCGUCCACCUCCCGCGAAGUCCUUGAAAAUUCUGUUCUCCUGGACGGCAACCUCCGGUAGGCAUGAAUCUUUUGAAGGAUAUGCAAAAAUGCAUUUUAAAGCGAGGAAACAUCGACAUCAGCGCCGGACGAAGAUCUGAACGGAGUGAUGGCGCGAGGCGAUGGGCUUCACUCGGCCUUGAUGCACAACGAAUCCAUCGUCGACGGAAGCGACAUUUCUAGCGGUUUGUCUUGUAGUUUCGAGGAAUUUUCGAGAGGAGACUCUUUCAAAUCGAAAGGAAAUUUGUACUUCUAGAUCCUUUCUCAAUUUUUUGAGACUAGCUUGCUUCUUGUCUCAAAAAUUUCCAAGUCUUUUUCGAGAAACUUCUAGAUAAAUUUCUGUUUCUUUACUAUUUGCUCAGUAAUAUUACAAAAAGAUUUCUGCUUUUUUUGAUCGUUUUAAGUGUUUUUUUAUUUACAUACAGUUUUUUUCGAUCUCCUUUCAAUAUCGCCUCGAAAUUUUUUAUGAAAAUUUAUCAUCUCGGUUUUGUCUCGGUCUCAAAAAAUCAUUUUGUCUGCAACCCUGGUCCCGAAACCCAUUUAGAAGUCACUUCUUUUUGCAUUAUUAGCCGCUGUAGUAGUUUUUCUUGAUCUAAUAGUACUACUUAGACUUAUAGAGAAGCAGCUGAUAUCAAAAUAAAAAAUAAUAAAAGUUAAGUGGCCACUUAUUCGACUGCUACAGUGUCCACUAAAACUUCAAAAAACUGAAGUUUCCACUAAAGAUUUUCCAGAAUUUUUCUAGUGGAUUGAUUUCGAAAGUUAUCGAAUAAAUUAAUUUCAGGUAUGGCUGUCGCGCCACCGACACAAGCCCAGCCUUCUGGAUUAAUCCCUGAACAAGAACUAGGUAUUUCUGACAUUUUGAACACGUAUAUUCAAUCUUUCGGAUGCAGAAAAAUUCAUGCAAGAAGCUGUCGAAGGAUUCCGCAGAAGAAUUGGCCUGCAAAAAAGAAGAAAAGAAGGUCCUGGGAGCUCUGGCUACUCGGAGCAGUCCAUCCAGGACGAGAACGAGGAAGAUCACAUGAUGAGCAACGGUUUGUUUUUUAAUGCAGGAACAAGAGAAGUCUUAUCGAAUAUUAGUUUGGGAGGAUCAACUGGUUUGAAAACUUCAACCCUCUAGGAGUUUCUAUCAAUCGGAUUUCUGUUUCUCAAAAAAAGUUUCAACUUGAAAUCUUUCUAUGGCUUUUUUUCUCAUUGUAUAUUUCUACAGGUUCACGUCAAAAAAUGAUAAUUUAUUUUCUUCAUAACUUAAAAACGUUAUUGAUGCUCCUACUUCGCCCUCUUCUUCCAUCAGAUCAACGAGUCAUUUUUCAGGGCCUCGUCAGGAAGUACCGGCCAGAGCUGCAAAUACAGAUGCUGGGUCGGCUUUGCUUCGUGAGUACUUUGCUUUUACUUCACUUUUUCAAGAAUUUUGACACCUGUUCUUCGCACAAAAUCUUUUUUUUUUUUGAGACUAGGGUGAAAAGUUCUCCUCAACACUUAAAUCAGAGAUGUGGUCUGCACAGGACUGUAUUUGUCGCUUUGAGACAAAACUAUUCCGUUCAAUAUUUUUCACACCCCAAGUUCGAGUUUUCAGGCGCGGCCGAAUGCCCUCGUUGUGGCUCAUGCCUGGAGGACUAUGUCAAAGGUAAGAUCACUUACUCAGAUUCAUUGAGUUUUCAUAUUCCUAAAACUAAUAUCACGCUUCUUUGCUCUAUGGUAAAAAAAAAGCUUACCUUCAAAGAUUUUUUUGGCUUUUGUUGCUGACUGAAUAUUUUUCACGUGAAAAAGAGGAGUGUAACGAAAAUUCAAAAUUUCUCUCAUUUUUUUCCCAGAUUCUGUUAAGGCACAUGAAAAGAUUCUCGGAACUUUUUCGCUGCGUAUUCAUAAAACAUAGUUUAGGCAAUUUCGCAAAAAAUUUUGCGUUCGAAUUUUUUCAUCGCUUUUUUUAUCACCUUACACACUGAAAAUCAGAGAUUUAUACGAUAAUUAUAUCUUUUACAUCAAGGAAUAGAUAGAUUUAUUUUUCACACGAAAUAAAUCAAUUUAAGGUUUCCUCGCUGGUCACAGUAUGGGCGAGCAACGUCAUCAAAUGGCGACCUUCAGCAACCAAGCACAAGUUGCUGCACCAGGUUGGUUCAUUUUUUGCCACUUUCCGAUGUUGAAAAAAAUUUCGCGGGAAUCGGUGAGCGUUUUUUGGUUUUGCGUCCGUAACCUUUUCAAAAAAAUUUUUUUGACCUGGAAUUUCAACCAAAUGAGUAAAAUUAUGUUAUUGACAGUUUGGAAAAAAUAUUUGGACCGACUUCAAAGAAAAAAACUUCAAAAAAAUAAUUUGCUCGAGUUUUUCAUCAAAAUCGCAAAAAAAGCUAUCAACCUUCAAAAGUUCAAAAAAUGCAGUAAACCGCCGUGCAAGACUUCAAUUCAAACAAUAACAUAUAAGAAAUUAACACACGUUCUCUGAAAAAAAUUCGAUGACUUUUUCAGUAAUCGAAAGCAAAACAAAAUAAAUUUUUUCUUUGACUCGUUUCGAUAUAUGUUCACGGCUCACACACGUGCUUCUGAUUAUUUGGCACCAGGUUUCAGGCGGCUCCGCCCCUUUUUAGAGUUACUGUAGACAUUAGGCUGAGAAAAUUAAGUUUUUGGCUGUUGAGAAUUUUCAUUUUUCCAGAGACUUUCAGAGAAAAAGUCGAUAUUUCCUUUAAAAACGGCGAUUUUUUCAGUUUUUGAGCCAUAACUAGAGUAAGAACUCCCCUAUGGUACGACUUUUUUUCUGAUUAUGAAACUAGGGGCCUUCUUCUUUGAGAAAAAGUAGUUCUACAACAAAUCCCUGGGGUGGGAUAGUUGACCUCCGUUCGACCGAAGGUGAUCAACUUGAAUCGGCUCAAAAUUCAAAAAAUCAUUUUUCUCCUAAUUUGACGGCUUCUUCCUCUUUUUUUAUUUUGAAACAAAAAACAACACUCACGUUCAUGUUCUCCACCAUUUGAGUGCUCAAAGAAAAGUUUAUUCCAAAUUUCUCGAGACUUUUCGAAUUUUAAGGCUUUCGUCGAUUUUCGAUUUUUUCCGUUUUCAGGUAGUUUUUUCUGUAGGGACCCCCGAAUGUGGUCAUUAUCUUUUGAUAUAUAAAAGAGUAGGUCUUCGUGGAUGAGGAAGAACUAGUCCGGUAAAAAUCUCUGGGGUGGUCCAGUUGACCUCCGACCGCCUGAAGGUGACGACCCCAAAAAUGAAAGUUUCACAAAGACUCGAAAAACAACUUUUUUGUUUCGAUUCUCCCAAAAUGCUUUUUGGAUGCGACCUAGAUCACUUUUCGACACGAAUCGGAGCCUUUUUCGGUCAGAAAUGCUUUUUGACAGAUUACAGUCAUGUUGGCUUUACUUUGAAGGAGGACCGAGGAAUAUAAAUAUUUGGUUCUGUUAGAUGUUGCUUCUUUUUUUAGUAGUGGUAAUGUUAACUUCAGCGAGAAGAAGCAAAAAACAGGAAAAAAAUGUUACAAAACUGAGAAGAGGAAGAAGCCGUCCAAUCAGGAGAAAAAUCAUUUUUUGAAUGUUGAGCCGAUUCGAGUUGAUCACCUUCGGCCGAAGGGAGGUCGACUAUCCUACCAUAGGGAUUUGUUGUAGAACUACUUUUUCUUCACGUGUGUGAGACGUUAUCACAGUUAGAGGCAAAUCGAAAAAAAAUUUUUAAAUUCAGUUUUGGAUUCAUCGGCUUUCUCAGAAAAUGCGUGUUGAAUCAGAGAUGCGGUUUGCACAGGACUGUAUCUGCCGCUUUGAGACAAAACGAAUCCGUUCAAUAUUUUUCACGCUGCAAAUUCGAGUUUUCAGGCGCGGCCGAAUGCCCUCGGUGUGCGAAAUGUUUAAACGACUAUGUUAAAGGUAAGAUCAAUUACUCAGAUUUAUCAAGUUUUAAAUCCAGACACUCCUAAAACUAAUGUCACGUUUCUUUGCUGUAUGGUAAAAAAGGCUUACCUUUAAAGAUUUUUUCUGGCUUUUGUGGCUGACCGAAUAUUUUUGAUGUGAUAAAGAGCAGUGUAAUAAAAAUGCAUAGUUUAUCUCAUUUAUCCCUAGAUUCUGUUAAGGCGCAUGGAAAGAUUCUCGGAACUUUUCUGAUGCGUAUUCAAACUACAAAAAAAGCGCUCUCGAGUUUUUCCAUCGCUUUUUUUAUCACCACACGUUUCAGAUUUUUUUUGUGAAAUGAGCUGGAAGUUUGAAGAGGGUGGACUGAAAUUUUCGUAUAUAUAGUUGAUACACAGCUUGCCUGAGUUAUUAAAAAAAAUAAUCCCGGCACGAAAAAAAAAUAGACAGUGCCUGGUUGGUGGAGAGCGCAGACAGACGACACUUUGUGCGUCUAACGUUAGUCGUGGAUCGGCUAUGGACACCGAGGACACAAAAAUACUUUUUGGCUUUUUUUCACACACUGAAAAUCAGAAAUUUAUUCGAUAACUAUAUCUUUUAAAUCAAGGAAUAGAUUGAUUCAUUUUUUUCACACGAAAUAAAUCAAUUCAAGGGUUCCUUGCUGGACUCAGUAUGGGCGAGCUUGGUCAUCAAAGGGCGACCUAUCACAACCAAGCGCCUGAAACUGCUGCACCAGGUUGGUUCAUUUUUUUGUCAGUUUCCGACGCUUACAGUAGCGGAAAAAUGGUUAGCGUUUUUUUCUUGAUUUUUUUCGUUCGUAACUUUGAUUUGAACCGACUUCAACGAAAAAAAUUUCAAAAAAAUAAUUUUUUCGAAUUUUCAUCAAGAAAUUUCGAAUUUUCAAUCAACCCAUAGAAAUUCAACGAAGCCAGUAAGCCGACACGACAGACUUCCAAUUCAAACAAGUAAACAAAAAAAAAUCAAAUACUCCGUAGCAUAGCCGUUAUAUUCAAUAAUAUUUACGGGGCAUUGACUCGAUAUGUUUGUUCAACAUGCUCUUUUUUUCAAACUUCCUCUACUUGUUUUCUCAAAGUUUAAAAAUAAAAAAAUCGCUAUAACAUCAAGCUUUUUCGAAUUUCAAGUCAAUAGAAUUUUUUUUGAACAGUUAUGAACGAAAAAAAAUGUUCAUCCGUUUCCGCUACUGUAUGUAUUCUGAACUUCCUAGAUCUUUUUAACUCGGAAAUUUUUCAGAUCAAGUCUACCAAGGCACUUUGGUCUCCGCUCAACCCGUGCAAUUCUUUUUUGCAGUUCCGCCGGGGCCGAUUCAGGCCGAUCCCGCGAACUUCGAUGAGCCGCAAGAUGCUGUUUAA